AAUGUGCGUGCGCGCGCRCAGCGGAGGGGUUGGACUGUGCCCCUGUCAUACAGAUUCACGGAUUUGACAMAAUUAUCCCUGUAGGAGUCUUUAAAAAAAAGUGAAGCGGUCGGUCUAAACUGUGCCUACCCAUAAAUAAGCAUGUAUCUGACUGGAGGGGUCUCUGCAAGCAUAUAUGCCAACAGGCUCCGGGCAGAGGGCAUGGGCUCCGUGGACCAAGCUGUACCUUUCGCCAACCAGGACUACGAGGCACUGAAGCAGGAAUGUGUGGAGUCGGGCUGCCUGUUCGAGGAUCCCUACUUCCCCGCUGAGCCUCCGUCUCUGGGCUUCAAGGAGCUCGCGCCACAUUCCUCCAAAACCCGAGAUGUAGAGUGGAUGAGGCCAACUGAGCUGGCCAGUGACCCUCAGUUUAUUGUGGGCGGUGCCACCAGGACAGAUAUCUGUCAGGGAGCUCUUGGUGACUGCUGGUUGCUAGCAGCCAUCGCCUCUUUGACCCUGAACGAGAAGCUCCUUCAUCGGGUCGUCCCACACGGCCAGUCCUUCCAGGAUGAUUAUGCCGGAAUCUUCCACUUUCAGUUCUGGCAGUUCGGCGACUGGGUAGAUGUUGUGAUCGACGAUCGAUUACCUGUCAAAGACGGGGAGCUCAUGUUCGUCCAUUCGGCUGAGGGCAAUGAAUUCUGGAGUGCGCUGCUGGAAAAAGCUUACGCCAAGCUAAAUGGCUCCUACGAGGCUCUGUCUGGUGGAAGCACCACUGAAGGCUUUGAGGACUUUACGGGUGGUGUUUCUGAGAUGUACGAGCUGCGCAAGGCUCCUCGGGAUCUCCACAGGAUAAUCGGCAAAGCCUUGGAGAGAGGCUCCCUGCUGGGCUGCUCUAUCGAUAUAACCAGUGCCUUCGACAUGGAGGCUGUGACGUUCAAGAAGCUUGUGAAGGGCCACGCCUACUCCGUCACCGGACUGAAGGAGGUUGACUACCGCGGCGACAUGGUUCGCCUGAUCCGAAUACGUAACCCUUGGGGACAGGUGGAGUGGACUGGUGCCUGGAGUGACAGCUCCCAUGAAUGGGACGAAAUCGACCCCUCAGAUCGAGAAGAUUCUCAUCUUAACAUGGAAGACGGGGAGUUUUGGAUGUCCUUCAAUGAUUUCUUGAGGCAGUUUUCUCGGCUGGAGAUCUGUAACCUGACACCCGACGCUCUGUGUGAUGACAGCCUCAGCCACUGGAACACCAUGAAGUUCUACGGGAUGUGGAGGAGAGGCAGCACCGCCGGUGGCUGCAGGAACCAUCCCAACACGUUUUGGAUAAACCCUCAGUAUAAGAUCACGUUGUUGGAAGAGGAUGACGACCCUGAGGACGAUGAGGUGGCGUGCAGUUUUUUGGUAGCUCUCAUGCAGAAGGACCGCCGCAAAUACCGGCGCCAUGGUCAGGACAUGCACACUAUUGGUUUUGCUCUCUAUGAGAUUCCAGAAGAGUUCAGAGGUUGCCAGAAUGUCCAUCUGAAGAAAAACUUCUUCCUGAGUCAUUCGUCCUGYGCUCGGUCCGAGACUUUCAUCAACCUGCGGGAGGUCAGCACACGGCUGCGCCUGCCCCCCGGAGAAUACCUCAUCGUGCCCUCCACCUUCGAGCCYGGCAAAGAGGCCGACUUUGUCCUCAGGGUUUUCACUGAAAAGAUGUCGGAGACAGAAGAACUGGAUGAUGAAGUGUCUGCUGAUUUUGGAGAGGAGGAGGAAGUGAAUGAAGAGGACAUYGAUGACUCCUUCAAAGCUUUGUUUGCCCAACUAGCUGGAGAGGACAUGGAGAUUUCUAUUCGUGAGCUUAGGACGAUUCUAAACAGGGUUGUCACCAGACACAAAGAUCUAAAAACUGAUGGUUUCAGUAUGGAGUCAUGUAGGACGAUGGUCAACCUGAUGGAUAAAGACGGCAGUGCCCGUUUAGGACUGGUGGAGUUCCAGAUCCUUUGGAACAAGAUCCGAAAGUGGCUGGGCAUUUUUAGGGAAUUUGAUCUGGACAAGUCAGGGGCCAUGAGCUCGUACGAGAUGCGUCUUGCUGUGGAGGCAGCAGGCUUUAAACUGAAUAAUAAGCUGAACCAGAUUCUGGUGGCUCGAUAUGCUGAGAACGAAAUGGUUGACUUUGAUAACUUCAUCUGCUGCUUGGUCAAGCUGGAAGCCAUGUUUAGAUCUUUCCAGCAGUUUGACAAAGAGGGCUCAGGAGUGGCUGAGAUGAAUCUCACUGAGUGGCUUUACCUGACCAUGUGUGGUUGAGGAAGCCCGUCUCUGCUGAAGGAGGACGCGGAAGUGCAGUGCCUGCAGCUCUGAAAAACAUAUUUUUUACCCACUUCACCCCAGCGCGACAAAGUAGCCUUGAAGCUGCAUAACCAGAAACCAAAGUCCCACAAAACUAACCUUGGCCAUAUUUUAAAAGCUAUGCAAACUCAUGAAGAGUUUAAAAAAAAAAAACAUAAUCACUGUGACAUAAAUCUGUCAUUGGUUUAAAAWUAAGUAUAUUCAUGCAUGACAAAAAAUAAGACAGGAUGUUCAUCACGACUUUGCUGUCACUAAAUGUAACUUAGUAUAAAUUAUUAACAUAUUACUAAAAGCUUUUAAGGUGUUAUACUUUAUUGUGCCUUUUUAAUUGUUUUGUUUUAUUUUUAAAUGAAAAGAUCUUAUCAGUAUUGAAUUGGUAUUGUCAUACUUUCACCUCAAGGUGGCAGUAUAGACUCAUCAGUUUUGUUUGAUGUUCAAGUUUUAAAUCCGUGUCACAUUUUCUUUAGGUGAAGUGAAGGAACUAACAUUUUUUACUUUGCACUGACAUUUUAGUUUAAAAUAAGAUGAAGGAAGCUGGCUGUUGUAUUUGCUUUUAUUAUUAUUAACAAAACAUUAAUUUUGUGUAAAAUGCCUUGUUAUUAAUGGCUGUUAAAAACACGCCUGUUAGUGUCAUGUCUCGUGAAUGUAUGUUGUGCCUUUAAUAAAACAUUUUCCCGAAAGGG